ACCGCAGGGACAGGCACCUGUGUGUGUCAUACAUGCUUUUGCUUACAUUACCUUUAGUGGUCUCAUGAUACUAAACUCUUUCCUGGUUUCUGCCAAAUUUUCAGAAACUACUUGGCAAUUAUUAGCCUUGACAGGAACUAUUAGAACAAUCUAUCUCUUGUCUGCAUUGAAGUCAACGAGUAGAGAAAAGUAGAACAGGAGAACUCAAGGAAACAGGUCAUCAUGUGCACGGGAAAGUGUGCUAAAUGCACCGGAGACCUUCUCUUUCCACUCGGUCUCUUAGCCAUAGUUGGAAACAUCUUACUGUUUUUUCCCAAUGGUGAAGUGUGGAGGACCGAGGAAAUCACCGAAAAGAUCUGGUUCUUUCCCGGGGUCAUCGGGGGAGGACUGUUGGUGUUUCUGCCGGCUUCAGUGAUAAGGGCUGCAGGGCUUGAGGGGAACUGCUGUGCAAACAGAUGUGGGAUGAUGCUGUCCAUGCUGAUGUCUGUGCUGGGUGCAGCUGGAGCGCUGUACUGCAUGAUCGUCUCUGUCGUCGGCCUGCAGGAUGGCCCUCUGUGUGACACGGGAGACGGGAUCUUUAUCUACCCGUUCUUAAACAGGACUACAGAAGAGAGUUACCUGUUUAAUCAGACAUUAUGGAUAGAGUGUGAGAGGCCGCAGAAUGUGGUGCUGUGGAACGUGGUCCUGUUUUCAAUUCUGUUGAGCGUCGGUACCCUGGAGGCUGUGCUUUUACUGGCACAGGUAGUCAACGGACUGAUCGGAUGUCUCUGUGGGACGUGCAUGAAUCAGAAUCAGCAGGCGCAGUUGGAAUGAAAACCAAAGAACACACUCCAGUAUGUGGGAUCUGCACAGUAAUACAGUUGAACACAAUCUACACAGAUCCACAGAAACACACGUGUGAAGUCUACUAAGGUUUCACUAGACUCAGAUGAAAAUAUAAUUUCUGUUGUGAAUGAUGCCCUUGUCUUCAAUAAAUGAAGCCUUUGACACAGGUAAUUAAUCUAUAGAUGGUCAAAAUAUCUCAGAUGCAUGAAAUUCAUAUAAUGCUUUAGUAUUCAACUCAAGUCUCAGGAAAAAAAGUAUACCCAUGUUACUGACAUAAUCAAAUAAUGAUAUCAAUAAAGAUUAAUAAUGUAGUCAGUACAUUGCAAUGAGAAAUGAAUGUCAACAAAAAGAUUUUGUGAAUUGGUAAGAUUGUAAAGCUGUUUACACUUAACCAUUUAGGUUAAUGUAGGUAAAGAUUAGUUUUAGUUGUAAAGAUUUAGUUGUAAAACUUACACUAUACAGUGUAAUCUAACAAAUGUCCUUACUAAGCAUUUUUAUUUAAUUUCACUUGCAAUGCAACAGUUUAUUGAAAAGACAGUAAUUGUGUAAAUGUAGUAAUUUUAUUAUUAGUGUACUUUGCCUUAGUUACUCAGAAAUCCCUCAGAGUACCAUUUUGUCAAACAAACAAAAAAAUUGCAAAAAAAAAGAGAGUUUUUGAUAAAUGGUACUAUAAUAUCAUAGAUUUUUCACUGUUGUGACAACAUCAACAUUCAGCACACACAACAACAACGACAAGACUGACAAGACUGAAAAUUAUAAUUAACAAUGAAAAAAAUAAAUUAUUAUUAUUAAAAUUGAUUUUCCCAGGGUUUCAUAACAUGUUCUCUGAAUAAAUGAAAAAGUACACUUGUAUUAAAGAUACUGUCACGAUCACCUUG